AAUGGUGAUUUGUUGGUGUAUUGUGGAAUGGUUCAAAUACUUACAAGUUGAAGACUUUUAUUUUGAAAGCCGCAACCACUUCAUCAACUAAACACUGUAAAACUAGGAAAAGCAUUAAAAACAAGCGUAUAACUUUAAACCUCCAUAAUUAAAAAAAUAAACAAUAUAUUGAAUAUUGUCAAGACGCUUAAUAGCACCCAAAUAAAAUAAUCGGGUUUCUUCCAAACAAAUGUGCACUUCCAUUUUAAAAGCUCUCUUCUUUCCAAACCGGAAACAGUUUCUUCGUCACUUUGGCGCGAGAAGUGGAUUUUGACCGCGAUUUGUAUUAUUCCCAUAUUGAUGGUUUAUGUCAGUAGUUUGUAAAGAAAUAUAGGUCAUAGCCAGACGACAGAAGAGUUUUGUCAACUAAUACUUUACAAUUGCGCUGUAUCAUAUGAAUGGUGUAGCUUGUGAGUUGUAAGGAGAAUACUGAUCAACUUUGACGGGCAGCAGUGGCGUUAAGUAACUGGUUUACAAAAUACUUGAGCUGUUAGUUUUUAGGACGGACAGAACAAUGAAAACACCGACCCACUCGAAGGAUGGAGUAACACCUCUACCCCUGUCAGCUCUGCGGCUCUUAGCCCCACCCCUGCGCCUGGUGUGUGCCUCCAUGUGGAAGGUGGUGCAACAGAGGGAUGCAGUCCAUUAUGGGAAACUGGAGGAGAUUAUAACAUCAAUCUUUGAGACUGUACCUGGGUUGCUCAAUUACAGACAUCAGGCCAGGCUGAGAAUGGGUCUACGGGCACUGAUGAUCUUGGAGGAGCUUCGUCAGUCAGAUCCUCCUGACAUUCAGCAUGUCCUUCAGGAGCUGGGCAAGCUGCAAGCUUUCUCGGUUUACAAUGGAAAGAAGAAGGAUCAGAAGGUGGAGGAAGCUAAAUGCAACUUUCACUCCCUCGUGCAAUGUCUCCUAAAGAGACCAGCAACCAGAAAACAAUUCUUCAAGGAGGAUUUUCAUGUUCAGUAUGGAGGGCACUAUGUGGCCAGUCUAGAGAAGCUACUUUGGGAGUUUCUAACCAGAUUGGAUCAGCUAUUACCUGCUCCAGAUCUUGCUCAGACUGUCUCAUGGCUCAGUGCUGCCCCAGCUGUUCUGGAUGAGUGUGCGCGCUCUGCCACUCAGCCCCAGCUCCUCAGAACUCUGCUGCAGCAUGAGAAAUGCCUCGGACACCUCGGAUCAACAUCUCUUCUGUCCUCAACUGGUGACUCGAUCCUAUCCUCCCUUUCCCUCCCACUUUCUGGCAAAGUGCUUCAUACCAUCCAAUCAGAAUCCACUCCCACAUCCAACAGAGUCAUAAGUUCUGCCCUUUUAACACCCAGAGCUACUUGUAGAACAACACAUGAAGCCCUGUCGCAGGUUGCACCUGUGAUUGGGUCAAUUUCCAUUGAAGAUCUCCAAAAAAACGUCCUAACCAUGAAAGCUGCAUCCAGAGAAGUCGAAUCAGCUUCAGAGAGAUCCAAAAAUAACAGGACCAAACAAAGGUCAUGUUCUGAAAAAGAGAUUUUAGAGAAGGAUCCAAAACAGGAUUAUUUUGUUGGGAAUAUGCUGGUCUCAGUCAUCAGUCAAUCAUCAGAAAGUGAAAAAGAAGAGGAGAGGGACAACAAAGAAAAUAGAAAUGAUAGAGAGAGUAGUAGUGAGGAUGAAAACAGACUAGUUAGAAAGAACAGGAACAGAGAAAAAGAGCGAUAUGUUCAAAGAGACUAUUCACCCAAGAGAAACACCCAAGGCAUGGGCUCACAGGAACAGACAGAUGUAAGUGCUCUUCACAUUUCCUGUAUGAAGCGACAACCAAGAGUUGUCAUUCCCAGGUUGAACAUCAGCAGUGUCAGUCUUCCUGUCCACCUCAAUUACCUGACUGAUAAGCAAGAUGACACAAGAUCUCUGCAUCAGGCUAACAUAAAAGACAUAUUCAGUGUGGGAAUCAGUGACUCAGUGAAACGGAAGAGGAAAUUCAUUGAUUUAACCCCAACACCUGAUAAGCAUAUGGUGGACAUAAUCAAUAAACAAACCUUGUCUGCCUCUCCCUGUAUUCCCCGUGUUCUGCAUCGCAUAAUGGCAACUCCAGAAACACCGUCUCCCGUAACUGAUUCAACUGAUGACAUCAUAGUCGACACUGAGGAUGAGACACCAGAUAAAGUGAGGAGGAAGAAUGUCUCAUGGCUCAGUGCUGCCCCCGCUGUUCUGGAUGAGUGUGCGCGCUCUGCCACUCAGCCCCAGCUCCUCAGAACUCUGCUGCAGCAAGAGAAAUGCCUCGGAUCAGCAUCUCUUCUGUCCUCAACUGGUGACUCGAUCCUAUCCUCCCUUUCCCUCUCUCUUUCUGGCGAAGUGCUACAUACCAUCCAAUCAGAAUCCACUCCCACAUCCAACAGAGUCAUAAGUUCUUCCCUUUUAACACCCAGAGCUACUCGUAGAACAACACAUGAAGCCCUGUCGCAGGUUGCACCUGUGAUUGGGUCAAUUUCCACUGAAGAUCUCCAAAAAAACGUCCUAACCAUGAAAGCUGCAUCCAGAGAAGUCGAAUCAGCUUCAGAGAGAUCAAAAAAUACCAGGACCAAACAAAGGUCAUGUUCUGAAAAAGAGAUUUUAGAGAAGGAUCCAAAACAGGAUUAUUUUGUUGGGAAUAUGCUGGUCUCAGUCAUCAGUCAAUCAUCAGAAAGUGGAAAAGAAGAGGAGAGGGACAACAAAAAAAAUAGAAAUGAUAGAGAGAGUAGUAGUGAGGGUGAAAGCAGACUAGUUAGAAAGAACAGGAACAGAGAAAAAGAGCGAUAUGUUCAAAGAGAGUAUUCACCCAAGAGAAACACCCAAGGCAUGGGCUCACAGGAACAGACAGAUGUAAGUGCUCUUCACAUUUCCUGUAUGAAGCGACAACCAAAAGUUGUAAUUCCCAGGUUGAACAUCAGCAGUGUCAGUCUUCCUGUCCACCUCAAUUACCUGACUGAUAAGCAAGAUGACACAAGAUCUCUGCAUCAAGCUAACGUAAAAGACAUAUUCAGUGUGGGAACCAGUGACUCAGUGAAACGGAAGAGGAAAUUCAUUGAUUUAACCCCAACACCUGAAAAGCAUAUGGUGGACAUAAUCAAUAAACAAACCUUGUCUGCCUCUCCCUGUAUUCCCCGUGUUCUGCAUCGCAUAAUGGCAACUCCAGAAACACCAUCUCCCAUAAUUGAUUCAACUGAUGACAUCAUAGUUGACUCUGAGGAUGAGACAACAGAUAAAGUGAGGAGAAAGGUUUUCACUCAGCACUAUUGCAAAACAAAAAAUGGCACUUACGUGCCCACUCUGCAUGAGUACUGGAAUUCUUUGCUUUAUUGCCGAGAUGUGGCGUCACCUGGAAACAGAUGUUGAUGGAGCUACAUGGGAAUUUCACUCUUGCUUAUGACUUUGGGGCUACAGUUUUUGCUAUUAUAGAUGAUGUAUGUAGUUUAAUAUUUUAAUAGACUUUUGUAAUGGAGGAAAAUUUACAAUUCUUUUAAAGAGUGUGCACAUUUAUAAUCGUCACUUAUUUUAAAUGAACCUGUAUCAUGUAGAAUGCUAUAUAUGUUAUUACAUUUGAAAAAAUUUUGUUUUCAGCUAUAUCUGUUUUGCCCUCUUUGAGGGAAAUGAACAAUUCUAAAAAAAAUUUUGUGAAAAACCUGGAAGGCCUAGAAAAGUCAUGGAAAUUGGAUAAAAAUCUAAUAAGUCACAAAUAUUUGUAGUGUAAAUAUAUAUAUUUGUUUUCAUAUUUCUCCAGUAAGAAAUGCAUCGAGUGCAAUCUGUAUUGAAU